ACCUCUCAACCGUGACCGUUUUACAAGGGAUGAUUCUGUUAUAAUUCCAAUAUAAAUAGAGCUCUUAACCCUUACGCACUUGCCCCGUGCCAAAAAGUAGGGUCUUUUCGAACAAUUGAACGUGACGUCACAGGGAACAAUAUUUUAGAGCCAUGUCGGUGGACGAGAGCGUGAAAUCAAACUCAAACUCACAGUCUGAGUCUUCGGGGAGUUCCAGCACUCAGCUUCCUUUUUACGAAGAGCAUGCAGAUAAUAUGACGGAUCUUACGUUAUGUGGAAAUCUGGUUCCCAGUUUGGCAAGGAGCGGUACUGUUAAGCGGGCUGCUGGUGCUAACUUUAUGCAGAAAAAAGACAAGGAUAUAGGUUGUGGUAGUUUUUCUGAAGGUGAUGACAGUGUGUUUUCGUCUAAAGAUAAGACAAGUCCUGAUCAAAGUGUAAACUCGCGGUACAGAAGAUCGCUAGAUAGCACUUUUAGACGAAGCCUAGAAUCUAUCUCCGAACACAAAACGAAAAGGUGUUUUUCUCCCACAUGCACCUUAAGUACCGCCAGCAGAUGUAGUUCUUCCUUGGAAUCUUUUUCUUCGGAACACGAGAAUCCCACUAAGAAUAGCAUUAAUAACAAAAAUGAAAAUGAGGAAGAGAAACUCGUACAAAGUCCAGCUUCCAGUUAUCUUUCAUGGAUAGAAAGCGUCAACAAUGAAUUCAUUGACACUGCUGCCACGACUGAAGCAAAACCAACCGAAGUGAGCGAAAUUGAUAAUAAAGUGGGAGAAUGGAAUAACUUUUGGUUAAAUUAUAACAGUGCAAGAAGCCGAUAUAUGUCUAGCGCAUACCUAAGUGCCGACGAAAAAGCAAUUGAUGAUGUAUCUGACGCAAAAAGUAGUAAUAGUACGCAUAGAGAACUCGGUGAAAAACCGCCAGGAGAAUAUGUACUUUUAACCCUUGAGGAGGCGCACGAAGCCAUAAAAUAUUCGAAGAGACUUACUGAGAUAUUUCAAACUGCUCUUGUGCGAAAUGACCAUGACUGCGAGAAUUCAAACUUAGAAGCUUCUUACUAUUCAGAGUCUCUAUCACGUCAGAAUUCUUCUAUAAGGGAAGACAACGCUUCGAUAUUCACCAAUGAAGACUUAAAGAAAGUAGCAAGGGAAAGAUCAGCCUCUUACAUAGUAACAACGCAGGAUCUGCUCAAGCAGCAAAAAGACAUCAUUAAACCGUCCAUCCAAUCAUCCAGCACCAGCUGCAUAAACGCCAUCUUGAACACAGGUGUAGCAGACAUUCUCAAGCGAGUCAUGAAGAGAAAAGACAUAAUGACACCAGACGAUAUGUCCUCAAUGACAAGGCGGAGUUUUUCGGAGUGGGGCAGUAAAUGAUUUUUGUUUGUUAAAUAUUACUAUAAGAGUAAAUAUCACGCCUCUUGUAUAUAUUAUAACUACUGUGUGAAGCCAAAGGGUGGAAAUGUAUAAAUAUAUAUAAUUUGUUGUUUUCAAUGUUUAUUGUGCAUAUUUAAACAACUGUAUAAAAUAAAAUGAU